UACUUUUUCACAUGUGUCAGUAAAGUUACAGUGAGUUUGACUGUGGGAAUAUUCCCUCACGUUGCCCUCCAAAGUCUUGUGUGACAUGAGUGACAGACAGACAGUGGCAUGAUAUAUUUUCAGGUCACGGUUCAGAUGCUGCUGUAAACUCCCACAGCAGCGGGUGUUGAGAUCUAAAUGUGGUACUGGCUUAUCUGACCCUUGGUGAGCCAAAUGUGUCAGGAUAGAAGAGCUGUGCUUCCACCUCUGAUGGACGUUUAUGGUUGUCUAAGAAUACACAGCACGGAUUUAGUCUUUUGUAUAUGCUCCAUUACAUCAGCAACCACUGAAAUACUUAUGCUUACAUCUGCAAACAUUUGUCUGAUGUAGUUAUGGACUCUAAACUGAAAACACUUAGGAAUUAUAAACAUCUUGAACCUGACUACACAGAGGAACAUGAAGAUCCAAGAGAUUACUGCUACGGUGGAUAUCACCCAGUCCAGGUGGGAGAUGUGUUUAAUAAGAGAUACAAGGUUCUGUCCAAGCUGGGUUGGGGUUAUUUCUCUACUGUAUGGCUCUGCAUUGACCUCAGGUCCGGCAGGCAUGUUGCAGUGAAGGUGUUGAAGAGCGGAGCUGGAUUCACUCAGGCUGGACAAGAUGAACUGACAUUACUGCGAUGUGCCAGUGGUCCCACAGCCCGCAACCCUCUUAAAGGACGUAUAGUGCAGUUACUGGAUGAGUUUAAGAUAGCUGGUGUGAACGGCAUUCAUAUUUGUCUAGUGUUGGAGCUGCUGGGGCCAGACUUGCGCUGUUGGCAAGUGUGUUUUGGAAACCCAGGCCUUUCUCUCACCUGUGUCAAACACGUCAUCACUCAGGUGCUUGAAGGUCUGGAGUAUCUUCACAGCCACUGCAAGAUCAUUCACACAGACAUCAAGCCUGAGAACAUCCUGCUGUGUGUCACACCGCAGUCCUCAUCUCAUCCUCCAGGGGACGCUAUACAAACUUACACUUCAGCCAUUAAAACCACAAUCCUCCAGGAUCCCGCAGAAGCAGCUGGAAAACCUGGAAACUUGGAUAAUAUCACAGUGAAGAUUGCAGACCUUGGCAGCUCAUGUUGGGUGUACAAACACUUUUGUCAAGAGAUCCAGACCAGACAGUAUCGCUCUCUGGAGGUUCUCCUAGGCUCUGAAUAUGGUCCUCCGGCUGACAUCUGGAGUGUGGCCUGCUUGGCAUUUGAGCUUGUUACUGGUGAUUCCUUAUUUGAACCGAAAGCAGGGCCGAAUUUCUCCUUAGAGGAAGACCACCUGGCUCAUAUUAUUGAGCUCCUGGGUAAGAUCCCAGUGUCAGUGGCUCUGUCUGGGAAAUAUUCCUAUCAGUAUUUCAACCGCAAAGGUGACCUGCGGCGAAUAGCCGUCCUCCGUCCAUGGGGUCUGUAUGAAGUGCUGGUGGAGAAAUAUCACUUUCUCCUCAGAGAGGCAUCACUUUUCUCCGACUUCCUGUUACAGAUGUUGGACUUCCUGUCAGAGCGGAGGGCGACAGCAGCCAAGUGUCUCAAACAUCCCUGGCUAAAGCUGUAACCCACCCUCUCUGGCUUUUUUACUUGAGGUUUCUGUUCAUGUCUGCUCUGUGUGUGUUGAAUGAAAAGGCCAUGCUUCAAAAGUGUUUUUCCAAAUAGGACUUAGUGAAAGUCUAUAAGUGAAAAUUGUGUCUUCAUUUACUCACCCUCAUGUCGUCAUAUUCCAAAAAUGUAUGACUUACUUUCCUCUGUUGAAAACCCAAAAGAUAUUUUGAUAAAUGUCUUUGUAUUAGGAGUCAAUGAGGUCUGUAACACAGAUAUGUACAUAGCAGAGCAAAUGCAUUUAAAGCUUUGGAAUGUGUUUAAUCGUCUGGUAAAACAUUCCACUCUUAAAUAAGGCCUGUGGUGUUUCCAUGCAUAGAUCAGAGACUAAAAGCUAUGAUGAUCACAUGACCGUUCAGAUCUCCUGACUUGAGUAACAUUGGUGCUCUGAGAUGUAAGUAGUGUGUUCUGAGUUUAAAUAUAUUAAACAAAACAACUGUUUUUUAAUUAAUGUGUAAAGAAUGAACCUGCGAUGAGUGUCAUGUCUUUAGAUAAAUAAAUGUUUUUUAAGACACUUCACUAUUUUAAUUUGUCAAAGGUGAAUCUUAACGUCUUUUAUAAUAAAGUACACUCAUGUUUCUUCCACUCAUCUGUUUGCCCAUCUGCAUAACAUUUUCAGAUUGAUAUUAAAUCUAUAUAAUUUAUUAAAGUAAUAAUAUACAAAGAAAACUAAAAAAUAAAGCAAUAGACCUUAAUAACAAGUUACAAAAACAGACAAAAUUGCUAAGAAAAGCUGGUUUAUAAAAAUGCAGAUUUCUAGAAUACUUGAUUCUGAUUGGUCAGUCGCUGCAUGCAGCAGUCAAAUACUUUCUGAUAUCCUACUUUCAUGUCUCUUGUCACAGUGUGUUGAAGCUUUAACAUAAUGCACAGGUAAGAUUAUAAAAUCAUUUCUCUCAAUAGAUAGAUAGACAGAGAAUGACAGAUAUAGAUAGACAGAACAAAAGACAGAUAGAAUGACAUCCACACACACACGAAUGGAAAGAGUUUGACAGAUU